AUGGCAGGCGAGGGCUCCACGCUAGCUGCACGGGCGGCUGCUCCAAGGGCGGCUGCUGUAGGGGCUGCUGCUCCAGGGGCAGCUGUUGUAGGGGCGGCUGCUCCAGGGGCGGCUGCUUCAGGGGCGGCUGCUUCAGGGUCGGCUGCUCCAGGGGCGACUGCUGCAGUGGCGGCUGCUCCAGGGGCGGCUGCUGCAGGGGCGGCUGCUCCAGGGGCGGCUGUUGUAGGGGCGGCUGCUCCAAGGGCGGCUGCUGCAGGGGCGGCUGCUCCAGGGACGGCUGCUGCAGUGGCGGCUGCUCCAGGGGCGGCUGCUGCAGGGGCGGCUACUCCAGGGGCGGCUGCUGCAGGGGUGGCUGCUGCAGGGGUGGCUGCUGCAGUGGCGGCUGCUCCAGGGGCGGCUGCUUCAGGGGCGGCUGCUCCAGGGGCGGUUGCUGAAGUGGCGGCUGCUCCAGGGGCGGCAGCUACAGUGGCGGCUGCUCUAGGGGUGGCUGCUGCAGUGGCGGCUGCUCCAGGGACGGCUGCUGCAGGGGCGGCUGCUCCAAGGGCGGCUGUUGCAGGGGUGGCUGCUCCAGGGGCGGCUGCUGCAGCGGCGGCGGCUCCAGGGACGGCUCCUUCAGGGGGGGCUGCUCCAGGGGUGGCUGCUGCAGGGGCGGCUGCUCCAGGGGCGGCUGCUGUAGUGGCGGUUGCUCCAGGGGUGGCUGCUGCAGUGGCGGCUGCUCCAGGGCGCGGGUUUGGGCAGGGCGCCGCGGCGGGCAGGGGUGACGCCACGCGGGUCCCGCAGGGGCGUCGCGACACGUAG